CUAACGUGCGCGCGGUGUUGCGACACAUCGUGAACUUGAUGAAUAAACGAGGGCAUUGACAUGCAUGGAGAUAUUUUGACGUUGAUAUCAAGUUUAGACUCAAGAUUCGCUCUGAAAAUUGAAAGGAAUCUGCAAAUGACAGUUACAUAUUUGAAGUUGAGGAUAGAAUCAGAAACAAGAGUACGUCCCCUGAACCUCAACGAACUAUUCUGAUUAGAAACAGACGAUAACCAGAUAAUCUACAAAAUGGAAUUAACAACCAUGGAAGAAACGACGAUCGACGUCCGAAAAUACAUCGACGCCCUACUCUACCACAUUUCCCUAGACAACAAACGCCCUCCCGAUCACACGGUCAUCAGCCUGGCCUCUACGAUAUGUCAGGAGCUACUGAAGGCGAAGCGAUGGGCCGAGAUCGACACGCUGUUCGAAGAGGUCUUCGCGGGGUUCAUCGAGCACUACCGCGACAACGAGUCGAUCCUGCGCGCGGAGAUCAUGAACGCGAAGGCGAAGGGAAACUUCCAGCAUGCGUGUCGAUUAAUUGAGAUUGGAUCGUUUCGAGAUGGAUCCGAUCUCAUAAAACUGUGGGAUGAAUGUCGGUACGAAAUACAGAAGAAGUGCCUCAAGCGACAUUUGACCGCUGUUGCGAAGUAUCGCAUCAGAGAGAGGUUUCCUCCACCUAAGAGCAUAUGCCCAUCAGGGGUACGCUCCAAGCACAGCCUCUCAACAUCAACAAGGGCAACACUCAUGAACUUCUUUAGAACUGUUACAACGUUUCCAUCAACUCAACAAAAGCUGGAACUCGCAUAUAAAACUGAUUUGACGCGAACGCAAGUCCACAACUGGUUUGCAAACAGACGUCGGAAUUCAAAGCGGCGUCCUCUCGAUGUACCUGACCCGCCGCCUAGCAACACGCCUCGAAAUGGUUACCAUGGCAGCGGAUGGCAUCACCCAGAAACCAGAUCAACCAACCCGCUGACGAUGCUCCACAACGCUGCCGAGUUCGUCGCGUCAUUGGACGGCACUUUGCCUGCGAGUCACCUUGGCCACGCCCCAAAUGGCACCCUUCACCCCGCCCCCGUUGUUGACGUCGGCCACUUGCAGUGGGGAAGUUCCGCCCCUUGCAGUGGUGUCGGGGCGCACCCGGCAUCAAACGGGAGGGAUUUCCCCCAUUACGUCACAAGUUAUUAUCGGGGUGAAUACCGCGAGAGUACCUACCGGGAAGGGGGAUAUGAGUAUUAUAGACCCAGUGAAUGGGUGCCCACCUACUAUUAAAGAAUGCCACUAGGAAAGCAUGUGAGUUUCUUUACCCCUAACAUUCCAGAGAGCAAUAAUUAAAGUGCAUAAAUCGCUCGUUUAGACAUAAUUUAUGCAUUUUAAUGCAAUUACCCCAUGAAAGUUUCCUGUUCAGCUGUCUGACAGUUUUAAGUUUUCUCGUUCCAAUACAUGGUUUAGUCAAUCGGGAAUCUUCACAUAGUUAAUAAUUCUAUAAGUAUAAUCUGAAAAUUAAGAAAUUACUAAAUCAUUACAUAAUUCAUAAUUUCUACGUCAUAUAUUCCAAUUAAGAACUCAUGAUUUGUUACAUUUUACUGCUUAUCAUAAGCCAUGAAUGCUGGCUAGUUCUUAUUGUUCCUUACUACGAAUGAAAAGAAGAAAAUCAAUACAUAUUUUGUUUAAGCAUUGAAAGAAAUUGAUUACUGAAUUUGUGGUUCCAUAAUGUAUUUUUUCUCCAAUUUGUGUUCUCUUGUCAUAUUACAUUUUGGCCGAUUUGGCGCAAGAAAUGUUUGCAGUAGUAGAAUUAUAGAACUGAGCCGUCCCAUAUUUCACUAAAGUCAGUUUUCAUAGUUUUUGUUUCAAUUGAUUUAUAUUUUUCCUGCAAAACUAUGUGUGCGUUGCUUUUCUUGAAAUCUAUG